AUGUUGGAUAACCCUCGUCUGUUUCAUGUGUCGGAACAGCAGAAUGUUCUUUUUUUGGUGACUGUAGCUCUAUCAGCGUCAGGCCCUGUCACUCGCUCCCAGGUUGUGGCACCGGAGCAACUUGCAGCCCUGAAAGCUGAGGAGGGCCGUGAGCUGCGUGUGGUGAUGAACACCAACGACCCCGACUACGAGCACAUCUACUCCAUCGACAGCUACGACGACCCCCUGGAUGAGCUGCUGUAUUUCCCUCCUGCAGACAAUCAAACUGAUGGUGUGCCGGAUGGACAGGAAUCACAGAAAACAGGAAAAGUUGAAGCAAAAAAAGUACCAAAUGUAGUGAAAGUUGGUGGAGAUAGAGGAGCCAAAGUUCCAACUCUAAAGAAAGCUAAGUCAAGACCCGUGAGGUCCACAAAAGGAGCCAAAGGACAAGCUCCAGCAGACAUUUGCCUCCAGCCGAUGGAGGAGGGCAGCUGUGUGCGCUUCACUUUGCGCUGGUACUUUAACAGCCGGGUCCAGGCAUGUAGGCCCUUCAUAUACAGUGGUUGCGGAGGAAACGACAACAGUUUCCUUCACUUGGAGCAGUGUGAGGAAUUGUGCCUUGGCAAAGCUGAAGGAUCUCCCUUGCUGCGGUGAUGGUGACCAAGUCAUGCACUCCACAGAAGAGUCGGCCUUUCUAUCAUUUUGAAAUAUUUGUCUUGUUGCAUAUCAAUAGUAAAUAUUUGUUUUCCUUUAUUUAUUAAUAUUUCCACACCAAACCACUUGAUUAUAACCUGCGUCAAUGUUUCUGAUGUGUGGCAGUGAGUCUCAGCCAUUGUAUUGCAGCACAUCAUUAUCCCUUCAUUAGUUUUACUUAAUAGGACCUAAAAUUAUUAUUCACUACAAAUAAAAUGUGUUCAAUUCAGUUCUUCAUCUAGCUAUACCGGAAACAAAUAGUGACAGCAAAAACAAUUACAAUGCUCUUCCAGUAAAGGUAGGUCAGGCCACCUGUUGUGAUUCAUUCAAAAGAAUAAAAAUUUUAUAUUUCCACAAUCAGUAAGUAUGGUGACCGGUGAUGUGUUGCAGGAUUUUUGCCUUGCUCAGUGGCUAGGAAACACUGGUGUAAAGUAAUAUCAUCAUUUGUAUCUUAAAUUAGAAUAGAGUAUGCCCACAAGAUUCCAUUAGUAACUCCUGUCUCACCUUCGAAAGUCUUCAUAUCUUGACAAUCACAUGAGUAUUCAGGUAUUCUAUUUUGUGUAUGUUCUGUUUCAUAGGGCGAAUGUAUGCUACUGCGUGUGAAUGCAUGUUUACUUUGCAAAAAGACAACAUUAAAAUAUAUACUCCUAUAUAUUUUUACUGUAUGUGGAUGAUAGAUAAAACCAUUCUCUCUUA